AUGGCCACGCUGCAAGGAUCGGAAGACCUCAGUAACUUUACCUACCCAUUGGGGUUUUACAUCAGAGGAUUUUAUGCCCUGCAGAAUACUAAUUAUUAUUUCAUGUUCUUGGCUGUUGUUUAUGUCGUAACACUGCUAGCAAAUUUUUUAAUAAUGUCAGUCAUUUGGUACGCAGAAAGUCUGCACACGUCAAAGUAUUUAGCUAUUUUUAGCUUAGCUGUAGUAGACGUCAGUUAUAGCACUGCACUCAUUCCAAAGGCAAUACACACGUUCCUGUUCAACUCGAGAUUUGUAUAUUUCAACGCUUGUUUAACCCAGAUUUUCUUCGUACAUUAUUUUUGUUCAAUGGAGUCGUUUGCUCUCUGUGUACUGGCGUAUGACAGGUUAAUUGCUAUAUACUUUCCACUGCGAUGUAAUACACUGAAUUCGACCACAAGAAUGAUGCUAGUUAUUCUAAUUUCUUGGAUUAUCCCUUUAAUUGUCGUUGUGAUUAUGGUUGCUUUAAUUCCACGACUGCCAUACUGCAAAACUACAAUUGUAAACAGUUAUUUUUGUGAUCAUGGACCAACUUCAGUAUAUGAUACAAUAAAUCUUCCAUUAUAUACCAACAUUAAUAUGAAAGUGUUUUUCUGUCUCAUGAUGGCUACAGGAUAUCUCUUUGUAAACAAGAUGCAGCCUCUAGCUGUCACUUAA